UCGCUACCUACAAGUGUCCUCUGAAGAAAGAGGAUUCGGUUCUACAGCAAUGGCUGCAUUUGGUGAUCGUGCAAAGAGCUGGGAUAACGUGGCUGUGUUAGUUGACGAAACUAUUAAACCACAAGCUCCGUGUAGCCCAUUCCUACAGACCCCAACACGCCAGAACAUUAAACCAAAGGCCACUCUAAUAAGGAAUAAGAACACAGCAAACAGACAAUCAGCCCCUGAACAAAGGAUCCGCAAGGGCGAGGGCUACUCGCUCUCCCAUGUGGCUGAAAUCAAUCCUGUUGAAAGACCAUGUGCUUCGAUGCCCCUCUCUGUGAAAGCUGCUACGCCUAACGUUCGCCAUCGUAAGCCUAAGAAGCAAUUUAUUGAGCCUGUGAAGCCAUACACGACCGGUCUCCCGCCCAAAAGUAGCAGCCCUUCCUUUGUUCCGGUCUCGUCUUACCCGACCACUGUAUCUUAUGAUAGUAACACAGCAGCUGAGCAACUAAAGGCGACGGAAGACUUAGUUACAUUGUAUUUGACGCCUGAGGACGAUUUCACACAGUCACCCCCAUGGAGCAGAUACGUAUGUCCACACAAGCCUAAGAAGAGAUCUAGGAAGAGAUCUAUUGAGCUAACGGCACGCAAAGACUUGGAGUCCUUGCAUCGGUCGUCGUCUAGUACACCAACGCCCUACCAGCCACCAAGUGUCUCCAUUGAGAGGGAACAAAAGGAUUCCCCUUUACAAAAGGCACCUGAAGAGUCCUUGCAUUGGUCGUCGUCUAGUACACCAACGCCCUACCAGCCACCAAGUGUCACCAUUGAGAGGGAACAAAAGACAUCUGAUGAGACAAUCCAUGCCAUAGAAGUAGGCGAAGUAUCCGAAGACACCGGACUAACAGCGACAGCCCCUACAUCACGCCAAACAAAUCGUGAAGCUACAGGCGAAGGGUCUGAAGACACAGAGCUAACAGCACCCGUCCCUACAUCACGUCAGACAAAUCGGGGAGCUACGGGAGAAGAGUCUGAAGACACUGGACCAACAGCAACACAGCUUACACCCCACCAACUGUGUCAGGCUGCUUUGCAGGAGGACCCUGAAUAUAAUAGACGGCGAGUGGAUCCCCCUCUAGGGCCUUAUCUUGGCGAUUUAACGGAUGAACUAAAUAGCGCUCAAGUCUGUGGGGCUCCUAACGAAGAUUAUAUAACGGAGUUUGUUUCCGGGGGUCCUAAAUGCUAUGCUUAUAGGACUGCUCAAGGAAAUACACAAGUUAAAUGCAAGGGUGUGACCCUUAAUGCCUCAAAUGCCAAAGUGGUUACACAUGAAUCGUUAAUUGGUCUUGUUCAAUCCUUUGUGACCAACCAGCAGCAUCCUAGCCGUCUGACCACAACAGCAUUCACAAUAAAAAGCGCGACAAAAACAGUUCCAUCUCAAAAACGACACCUUGACAAGGAAAGACGCUGGGACAGAGAGCGUCGUUUCGAGCUCUGCGCCUACUGA